AUGAACGCUUUGGGGUUCGAGUUGUCGACCAUCUUUUACGGCGCUUUCAUGAGGUGGUAUGCGACUUUGAUGCCAACUGCCACAGUGUUCCGGUUCUGGGAUGCUCUCCUCUUCCAGUCCACCAAUCCAAAGACACAGUCCUUGGGUGGCCGCGACUACUUGAUCAACUUGGCCUUUGCCACCCUGCAAGUCAAGCGAAAUGAGCUCAUGGAAUGCGAGAGCGCUGCAGAAAUGAAGGGCGUGGUGCUGGGUUUCCUCGGUUCUUUGUACGACACUACAACUGUGAUUGAUCUCGUUCACGCAGCAGAUUUGUACCUCUGGGGUGGUGCUGGCUUCAGCAGCGGCAAAGUGUCGUACCUGUGGACCCAAAGAGAUGAGAUGUUCAAAGGCAUCAACCAGACAACAAAGUGGCAGAACCAGAUCCUUCAUCGACUUGCUUUUGAAGGGCAAGUCAGGCCACCAAAACACCCGAGUGCCGCGGCCCGAGACCGCCUUGAAUCAGUGACACCAUGUGACACCAAAUCUCACUAUUCUCACUGUGCUGCAGUGCCCUUGUGUCACUUCGUUGACACAUUGUGUCAACACAUUUCAGGAGCAAUUUGCUGGUGUCACGACCAAACAGUUGGUGCAGGAGGCAUGGGAAAGAUGACGAAAUGUCGCGACUGUAACGACACCAGCCGCAUUUGGAACCUAUGCUGUGAUAAAGGUGAUGACACAGUUGUGUUUGACGUGUAUAUAGAUAUAUUAUAUAAAUAUAGAAUGGGCUAG